GGCGGCAUGAAUGCUCUCGGCAACGGAAUGGACCCCCUGCGCGGAUCGGUUGACCCAAUGCGGGCGUCGAUGAGCUCGUCGAUGGAUCCCAUGCGCGGUGGGAUCAACUCCAUCGACCCUGUCCGCGCCAGCGUCGGUCAUCUCCUGCAGCGGGCGUACGCACUGCCAUGUUCGACGGCCGCGCAGGCCUUUGCGCAUAUCGUCCAGCCGAUCGCACGCUUCCAGCUCGCGCUCGACGUUCUCUUGCCCUUGCUCGAGCAGCAGGAUCCACCAGCGGAGCCUGCCCAACGCAUCCUGGUCUCCUUCAUCCUCUACUCCCUCUACGCCCCGCACCCAAUCACGAUCAACCCCUUCAAGUCCGCACUCUUCGCCACCUUCGCCAAGGAGCGUGAUGCCGCGGUCGCAGUGUCCAACUCCGGCGGCGUCUCUCCCAACGAGCAGCUGGUGUGGGUGCUCUGGAAGAUCUUGAAAGGAGACGGAAACGAUAUCGGACCCUACUCCCCUGCGACGCUCGCGCGUUCGCCCUUGCCUGCCCAGCUUAGAUCAAGUAACCUUAUUCUCGACGAGAAACUGUACAUCAAUGUGUAUGAUAUAGACGAUUCUAUUUAUUCGAAUGCACCCGCGCAGUCAGCCGCCCGGGAGGACGAGCCACGCAAUACUGCCGAUGCCGCCAACGACGCUGCGCUCGCCCAUGCGAUGCAGCUAUUCGUCGCUGCGCGCGAGAGGGUGUUGACACUCUCGGAACAACGGCAAAUCCUCCCCCAGAUACCCGCCCUCGCCGCCUCUGGCAUCGUCACCACCCCCGAUCUCCCGCCCCUCGUGCAGUACAACCCCGUCGUCGCGCACCCGCUGCUCGUCACCCUCCUCACGAACAGCGACAGCCCGAUACCCUCGCCCGUGCUGGACGUGCUGCCCACGCUGGCGCCAAGGCUGCAGACGCUGGAUCUGAUGGGGAGGUUGUUGAGGGAUACGACGCCGACGGCGAUUGAGCGGGAUGCGGUGGGGCAGGAUGUGUCGUCGUCGCCGACGAGUAGUACUCUGGCGCGCGCGAGGAGUCCGAGCGGGGAGGAUGGGCAGAGGAAGCUGACGGUCGGCGAGCUUGUGCGGGUGGAGGUGCUGGACCGGUUCGUGCAUGAGGCGAUCGAAUAUCUAGAUGCGGUCGAAAGGGAGGCGACGGGAGAUGAUCGGCACGCACAGGGCGUGGUGCAUCUCUGCCGCUUCUACCACUCGCUCAUCAAGCUCGGCAUCGUCGACCCCGCGGACGAGGUCGGCUCGGCGGAGAUGAUGCACUUCAGCCUGCGGAACGCGCGGUACGAGGAGGCGAAUGCGGUGUAUCGCGUGCUUGCGAUGGGCGGGCGAGGGGAGGGGAUUUGAGGUGUGAGCGGCCAUCGUGAGGUGUGGUUUGCCAUCGCGAGGUGUGGGUGGUCAUCGCGAGGUGAGGGUGGCCAUCGUGGGGUGUAGGUGGCCGUCGUUGGAACUGCUUUUAUUCGACUGCGUGGUUCUCGUGGUGCCUGGCUCUGUGCGCUCCUGCUUUUCGUUGGGAUCGGAUUUGCUCGCUGCGCUUGGACAAGAACUAAUUCAUGUUACGACCCGAGCUUGAGUACUUAUGCCCUGAGAUGCUGUAAGACAUAAUCCUCGUCCGCCUUGCCGUAUCUCGCUGUUUGCCUUCGUUGACCAACGGGUCCGAGUUUAGGAUAUGUGCCGUGCACGACUUACUAUGUUACUUUAUGUGUUUAUGCUAUGCACGUUUGGAUGCGCGCUUUCGUGCCACUUUC